CAGGCAUUCAGUGUGUUUUUUACCACAAAUAUAAAUCAUAUUUGGCCAAAGGAUGCAUAUAUUGUUGGUUGAGAGGACAGCCCAAGGGCCACAACUGUAUUACUGAAGAGAAUGCGGGCAUAUUCAAAGAUGGUAUAUUCUGCGAGACAGAUUUUUGCAAUGUUAAUGAAACAAUGGCCAGGAGAUUCGACAAAAACCUUUCGAGAAGUGAGUUCUAUAACUGGCGUAUAAUUGUACACAGGCAUUAAGUGCGCCAGCGGGACAGUGCGGAUGAACUUAAUAACAGGGUAAUUACCUAUGAAGACGGGUGCAGAUUUUGCAAGUUUAUCAAAUACGGUGCUGACAAUCAUUAUGAUUACAAAUGUGAAAAAGGGAUUUGUGUGGAAAAUAAAGCUGGCGAUUACUGUUGUGAACACGAAAACUGCAACCUAUCAGAGGCUUUAGCAAAGAAAUACCGCGUACCCCGAAUUAGACCUGUUGAUGUCGAAAAGGAACACUUUGUGCGGAAUGAAUAAAAUCCUUGGUGAGCACGGCUGUUAUUUUCCGUAUUUAACCUGCGUUUUGCCAGAUGUCGAAGGUUAAUUAUGAAGUCAG